AUGUCGAAGCAGAUCGAGCCUAUUGUUACGAAUGAUGAUGGUGACCACCAACCUCCCAUCCAAUCCGUGCCCAAAAGGCCAUGGAAGAGCUACAUCUGGGACACGUUCGAUAAAUCGCCGGAGGAGCGAAAAUUUCUAUUCAAGCUCGAUGCAGGGAUGUUGACUUUCACGUGCCUAGGGUAUUUCAUAAGAUUUCUUGAUCAGGCGAAUCUGAACAAUGCCUUCGUCUCUGGAAUGAAAGAGGAUCUGAACAUGUUGGGAAAUCAAUACAACUACGCACAAACCCUGUGGACUGUGGGCUACAUCAUUGGCGAAAUUCCCAGCAAUCUCGUCUUGACCAAGAUACGGCCUUCGAUCUGGAUCCCAACCCUCGAACUCAUAUGGUCGGUCUUGACGAUAUGCACCUGUCGAGUAACCAGUGUCAAUCAGCUCUACGCAUUGCGUUUCUUCAUUGGAUUAGCAGAAGCCGGGUUCUUCCCAGGUGUGAUGUACAUGCUCGGUUCCUGGUAUGGUAAGAAUGAACUUGGGAAGCGCUCAGUCAUCUUCCACGUCUCAGGCGCUCUUGCGACCAUGUUCUCAGGUUACUUGAUGACCGCCGUCAUCGGUCUUGGUGGAAGACUUGGUCACCGUGGUUGGCAGUGGCUAUUCAUCAUGGAUGGAGUUAUUUCCUUGCCAGUGGCUGUCUCGAGCUUCUUCUUUCUGCCCGAUCUUCCGCACAACACCCGUGUCUUUUACCUGAACAAAGAUGACCUAGCGCUCGCCGAGCAGAGAAUCAAAAGUUUUGGCCGUGCAAAGCGAGAAGGGUUUUCGAAAGAGAAGCUGCGGAAGAUCUUUUCAAGAUGGCAUAUCUGGGUGUUCCCUCUGAUGGCCGUCUUCGGCGGUGGUGCAUCUGGAGUUGGUCAACCGUUCUUUGCUUUCUAUCUCAAACAGUCCAAGAAUCCGAAAUACACGCUCGCUCAAAUCAACAACUAUCCCACGACCCAGGCUGCGGUCAUGGUGGUUGCAGAACUGACAUACGCUUGGAUUGCAGAUGGCCCUCUUAACGGUAAAAGAUGGCCUGUCAUGCUGUUCGCUGCGACCCUGAGUCCCGUCUUCUGGAUCUCUCUGUUGGUGUGGAAUAUCCCUGAAUGGUGGCGCUGGUUUUGCUACAUCACACUCCAGCAAGUCAUUGCCCUUGUCCCGUUGAACCUGAUAUGGGCGAAUGAAGUAUGCUCAGACGACAACGAAGAACGCGCUCUCGUGGUCGCUGUGAUCAACACCAUCCAAUACGCACAGUCGGCUUGGCUGCAACUCCUGAUUUGGAAACAGACCGACUCGCCGCGGUAUAAGAAAGGCUUUCCCACGGCUAUUGCAUUCAGCUUUGUCGUCAUUGGAAUCAUCUUCCUCAUCAGGCAUCUCGCCAAGAGGGAGGCCGAACAGAAGAAGUCUCAGCGUGAUCAGAUCGAAAGUGACAGUGGAGUGGUGAGCAGCUCGAAUGCUUCUGAGGUGGCUGUUGAGCCAGGGAAGAGCGGAUGA